UCGCCCAUUGCCAUUGGUUUUCUUGAGUGUUGACUUUCCUGGUUUUCCACAAAGUUACACAUUUUUAUGCCAUUUUUUUAAUUCUUGCCUUCCAGAACUCGAUCAUUUCCUUCAAAAUAUAUCGAUCUUGAUACAUACAUAAAUGAGAUUAUUCACAAUAUGAGCUAAUACAUACAUACAAAAUAAUAAAAAUGGAGCAAUCUGUUGUUGAUGACAUAAUUCAUAGGCUGCUUGAAGUAAGAGGGAAAGCAAGUAAGCAGUUUCAGCUGAUUGAAUCAGAGAUCAAGCAACUUUGUGUUGUUUCUAGAGAUAUCUUCUUGCAACAGCCUAACUUGUUGGAACUUGAAGCCCCCAUCAAGAUUUGUGGUGACAUUCAUGGUCAAUACCCUGACCUUCUUCGCCUUUUUGAGCACGAUGGAUUACCUCCAGAAGCCGAUUACUUAUUUCUUGGUGAUUAUGUUGACAGAGGCAAACAAAGUCUUGAAACAAUAUGCCUUUUGCUUGCCUAUAAAAUUAAGUACCCCAAUAACAUUUUCCUUUUGCGUGGAAACCACGAAUGUUCUUCUAUAAACCGUGUAUAUGGUUUCUAUGAUGAAUGCAAAAGGCGAUUUAAUGUUAAGUUAUGGAAGGUGUUUGCGGAUUGUUUCAAUUGCUUGCCUAUAUCAGCUCUGAUUAGCAAAAGGAUUUUGUGUAUGCAUGGGGGCCUCUCACCUGAGCUGAAUAGUUUGGAUCAAAUUAGAGAAAUGAUCCGGCCCACUGAUGUACCUGAUGCCGGUCUGCUUUGUGAUCUUCUUUGGUCCGAUCCGCAUAAAGAUGUCAAAGGGUGGGCCAUGAAUGAGCGAGGGGUGUCGUUUACAUUUGGUGCUGAUGUUGUUACAGAGUUUCUACUGAAACAUGACCUUGAUCUUAUUUGCCGCGCUCACCAGGUUGUAGAAGAUGGGUAUGAGUUUUUUGCAUACAAACAACUGGUAACGGUGUUUUCUGCACCUAAUUAUUGUGGGGAGUUUGAUAAUGCUGGGGCAUUUAUCAGUGUUGAUGGCGACCUAGUGUGUUCUUUUCGAAUACUUAAACCCCCAGAAAAGAAGGCACGGUCCAAGUCUAUGAUCAAUCUUUUUGGGAUGUCCGGCUAAAAUCAAGGCAAGUUUAUGCUCGCUUAUAUAAUCGAUUUGAGCUUAUGGAUUUUCAUAUCUUAAAUUUUCGCUUUAUUUGAGUCAUUACUUAUUUGUUUGAAAUAUGUUGUAGUUUCUCAGGGGUGCCAAAAGUAACAAUGUUGAUUUGGGCAUGAACAAAUGAGGCCUAGUUUUAUUAUAUUUCACUUUUUAUGAGGGUAUUCACUGUUUUGCUGUGAAUAUUAUGACACAAGAAAAGUAAUUGUUUUAGUUACAAAGCCCAACUAUGGCCCAAGUGAAUAUUGUGUUCCAAUAAUUAAUACAUUUGAAAUCAUAUAAAAGAGCCCAUUUAAGUUCA